AUCAGUGGAGGCUGCAAGAAUGCAGUAAAGCGUUCUCUCUGCAAGGAUUAGAGGCGAAGAAUUAUCUAUAAAAAGCCCGACUUACAUAAUAGCGAGUGAUUCGUCUAGCGCACAUACUGUAGAAUAGGGGUGUUGUGUUUUUUUAUUUCACCCAGCUGCUCACUGUUAAAACUGGACCGGAGGUGAUAAGAAUAAAUAAAUAAGGACUGAACAUGUCUGUGGUGGGAAUUGAUGUGGGUUUCCAGAACUGUUACAUCGCUGUUGCCAGGAGCGGUGGCAUUGAAACCAUUGCAAAUGAAUACAGUGACAGAUGCACUCCAGCGUGUAUUUCACUGGCCUCUAAAAACAGGACCAUUGGAAAUGCUGCUAAAAGUCAGAUCAUAACUAACUUUAAGAACACAGUUCACGGGUUUAAGAAGUUUCAUGGUCGAGCAUUUGAUGACCCAUUUGUUCAAGGAGAAAAAUCCAAGUUGCCUUACAGCCUUCACAAACUGGAUAAUGGAAGCGCUGGAAUAAAGGUACGUUAUCUGAAUGAGGACAAGGUGUUCACUAUCGAGCAGGUGACGGCCAUGUUGCUCACCAAACUGAAGGAAACAUCUGAACAUGCCUUGAAGAAGCCCGUUGUGGACUGCGUGAUAUCUGUCCCCAGCUUCUUCACGGAUGUCGAAAGGCGGUCCCUGAUGGAUGCAACUCAGAUCGCUGGGCUGAACUGCUUGAGGCUGAUUAACGACACAACAGCAGUGGCCUUGGCCUAUGGCAUCUAUAAACAGGACCUGCCAAACCCAGAGGAGAAACCCAGAAACGUUGUGUUUGUCGACAUCGGCCACUCGUCUUAUCAAGUCGCCAUUGCUUCCUUUAACAAAGGGAAAUUGAAGAUGUUGGCUACAGCAUUUGACCCAUAUUUGGGCGGACGUAACUUUGAUGAAAUACUUGUGGAGUAUUUCUGUGAAGACUUCAAAAACCGCUUCAAACUAAAUGUCAAAGACAACCCGAGAGCACUCCUAAGGCUCUAUCAGGAGUGCGAAAAACUGAAGAAACUCAUGAGCGCAAACUCUUCUGAUCUCCCUCUCAACAUUGAAUGCUUCAUGAAUGACAUCGAUGUACAUGGGAAACUGAACAGGACUCAGUUUGAAGAGAUGUGUUCUCAGCUUAUGAUGAGGGUGGAGGCGCCAUUAAGAUCAGUCAUGGAGCAAUCAAAGCUUAGCAGAGACGAGAUCUAUGCCAUCGAGGUGGUUGGCGGAGCCACCAGAAUGCCAGCCAUUAAAGAGAGAAUCUCCAAGUUCUUCGGGAAAGACACCAGCACCACACUGAAUGCAGAUGAGGCUGUGGCACGAGGAUCUGCAUUACAGUGUGCAAUCCUGUCUCCAGCCUUCAAAGUUCGAGAGUUCUCCAUUACAGACACAGUUCCCUUCCCCAUUACUCUUCGCUGGAAGUCUCCUACAGAUGAAAGUGUUGGGGAAUGUGAAGUGUACAGUAAGAACCACGCAGCACCUUUCUCCAAGAUCAUUACCUUUCACAAGAAGGAACCAUUUGACCUGGAAGCAUUUUAUAGUUGUCCACAUGAUCUGCCAUAUCCAGACAUCAGAAUAGGCCGCUUUAGCGUCCAGAAUGUUGUGCCACAGCCUGAUGGAGACAGCUCAAAGGUCAAGGUGAAAGUGCGUGUGAAUGUGCAUGGCAUCUUCAGCGUGUCCAGUGCGUCUCUGAUAGAGAAGCAGAAAGGAGAGCCGGAGGACGUGCAGAUGGACACAGAGCCUACUGUACAGAAUGAAGGCAGGCCAGAGGAGCAGAGUAAAAUGCAGGUGGAUCAGGAAAGCCAAGGAGAACAGCCCUCUGAAGAAGAGAGAGCGAAUAACUCUGGCAACAAGGACGGUGAUAAACAGGAUCAAGGUGCAAGCAGUAGCAAAGCCAAGUCAAAAGUGAAGAGUGUAGAUCUGCCCAUUCUGGCCAACACCACCCGGCAGCUGGAUCGAGAUGUGCUCACCCAUUUUGUUGAAUAUGAAAAAAAAAUGAUCAUACAGGACAAGCUGGAGAAGGAGAGGAACGAUGCCAAAAAUGGCGUGGAGGAGUACGUUUACGAUCUGCGAGACAAGCUGUGUGGCAUCUACGAGAAAUAUGUCACUGAAGAUGAAAGUAAUCGGCUCACCAUAAUGCUGGAGGACACAGAGAACUGGUUGUAUGAAGAAGGAGAGGACCAGGAGAAAGAAAUCUACCAACACAAACUGGCUGAACUCAAAAAAUAUGGUGAGCCCAUUGAAGAGCGGUACAGAGAGCAUGAGGGCCGACCCAGAGCAUUUGAUGAGCUCGGCAAGAAACUACAGCUCUUUAUGAAGGUGGUGGACAUGUACAGAGACAAGGACGAGCGCUAUGAGCACCUAAACGCAGAGGACAUGGGUGUUGUUGAGAAGAGUGUGAAUGAAGCUUUAGGCUGGAUGAAUACCAAGAUGAACACGCAGAGCAAACUCUCCUUUGCUCAAGACCCAGCAGUCAAAGUAGCAGACAUUAUUCAGAAGAUUCAGGAGUUAGAGGAGUUGUGCAAUCCGGUCCUCAACCGACCCAAACCCAAAACCGAGGAGCCCAUAGAGGAGGGCGACAAAAGCGACGGGGCCCACAACGGCCCCACGGCACAGCACGGCGCAGACUGCAAAGGCAAUCAGCAGACAAAGCCUCCGUCUGGAGAGAUGGAGGUGGACUGAGCUCUUCCGCUGCCGCUCUUACUUAUUAAGCCACUAUUAAACCUCUUCAGCUUCCACUCAACCAGUAGCUGGAACCAUUCUCUCUGUGUCCACCACUCAGUUGGCUGUAUUUGUGCAUCUGUUUGUUGACGUCUGCUCCUCUGUUGAUUUUCUCUUCUACCUAUUAAGGGAUCAGGCCAGGCUGUUUUUUGUUUUUUUUAAGGAAUGUCGCAGCUCUGUAUUGGAUCGGACAUCCAUGAUAGGAUCAUAUAGAAAUAGAUAGUAGUUCAAUAGCUGAAACAAUGCUGCCGCUGUUAACAACAACAAAAAAAAGCUAUCCCGAAAACAAUGUGAGACUUGCAUUCUGGGUCAUAUCAGCGCGUUACUAUGGGAACAUUAAUUAAAAAUACUCAUUGAUCAAUCUGUAAGAUUGUGGGAAACCAAGCAAAUAUGUAUGCAAUACAUAUAAAUAUAUGGUUUAUAUUUGUAUUUAAUAUAUAUAUAUAUACAUACGAUUUCCAAAGGAUGUGUUGUCUAGAGCCUGUAAAUAUUAUUUUAGUAAUAAUUUGAAUUUAUGGGUGCUUAGAUAUAGGUACACUCCUCUUGCUGACAUUGCAAUGCUUUCAGCUCCGUAGUGUCAUGAUGAAAGUAGAAUGUACUGAGCCGGUCAUUAGCCUUUUUUUCCUCCCCCCAGUUUUCAUGCAGUCCCAUUACAAGUCUUGAGGUUUGACGAUCACAAGUAAUAAAACACGCCUUUAUGACUGAA